AUGAUUCUGGGCGCAGCUGUGCACACCUGGAGAGGGUGGCUGUGCCAGCCCCUCACUUGCUAGAGCCACAACUGAUUCGGCCUAGGGCGGGGCCACCCUGCUGCGCCUCCCCAGAGCUCCAUCCCCAUCCCUGUCUGGCCCCAGUCCGUUGGCACCGAGCGAGCGGUCCUUCCAGCUCCUGCGCUACAUCCAGGCUGCGGUGUCUGCAGCUGGGGUUCCAAGAGCCCCACUAUGCACUUCCUGGAGGCAGAGGGCGGCUGGAGCUUGUCCUUCGCAGGCUCCGGUUUCUUGGGCCUCUACCACGUGGGCGCCACCCAGUGUCUGCACCAGCGCGCACCGCGCAUCCUCCAGGGCGCCCGUUGCUUCUAUGGCUCCUCCGCAGGCGCGCUCAACGCCAUGACUAUCGUCUGCGGCAUGUCGACAGACUACAGCUGCUCCAAUCUCUUGGGCAUGGUGAAGCAAGUGGAGCGUCUGAGCCUGGGCAUCUUCCACCCGGCCUAUGGCCCCAUUGAGCACAUCAGGAAACAGCUGCAGGACACCCUACCAGACAAUUGCCACAUCCUGGCCUCCCAGAGGCUGGGCAUCUCCAUGACCCGAUGGCCUGAUGGGAAGAACCGAAUAGUGACUGAUUUUGCUACUAGGGAUGAGCUCAUCCAGGCCCUGAUCUGUUCCUUGUAUUUCCCUUUGUAUUGUGGGACAAUCCCUCCAGCCUUCAGAGGAGAGCGCUACAUCGAUGGAGCUCUGAGCAACAACCUGCCCUUCUUCGAUUCCCCCACCACCAUCACCAUCUCUCCCUUCCACGGAACGGCGGACAUUUGUCCCCAGAGCAAUUCAGGCAGUCUGUAUGAGCUAACCGCCUUCAAUGCCAGUUUCCAGAUCUCUACCAAGAACUUCUUUCAGGGGUUCAUAUCCCUGAUCCCCCCCAAGCCUGAGGUGGUGGCUGACUACUGCAGACAAGGUUAUCUGGAUGCUCUCAGGUUCCUGGAGAGACGGGGUAGGACUCACCAAGAGCCAGUGCUGUGGUCACUGGUAUCGAAGGAGCCUCCAGCCCUCAUGGAGGGGCCCAGGAGUGCUGACUACGACCAGGGCCAGAAGCUUACCCUGACUAUCAGGUGGGACAUCCCCAAUGUGCUGGUCAAGGAUGUGCCCGACUUCGAGCUGCUGUCGCCGGAGCUGGAGGCUGCACUGAGAAAGGCUUGCCAGAGAGACUUCUGGGCUCGAUUCCAGUGCUCCGUGCCAGGGAGGGCACUGACCUACCUGCUACUGCCCUGCACGCUGCCUUUUGAGUAUGUCUACUUCCGGAGCCAGGAGGUGAGACUGCUGCUGUGGCUGCCUGACAUGCCAGCUGACCUGUGCUGGAUGCAGGGCCUCCUGAAGAGUACAGCCCGUGAGGUCUACUCCAUGGCAAAGUCACAGCUGCUCAGGCUGGUCAGCCCACCUGUCACCAGCGCAGACUCUGGUCCCCGCCAGCUGGGGACAGCUGCUUCGGAGAACCGGGCCUUGAACCUCAGGCUUGCGAGCCGUGCAAUGGGCUAGGGCCAACCAAAUGUGUGACCCCCCCCCCCGAACCCUGUCCUUGCCUCAUCCUGUGUGCUCAUGCCUGCCCAUGGCUGUGGCUCAUCCCCCAGGAGCUCUGAGCCCCACUCCCAGCUCAGCGAGGUUGCUGGUUAUUGGCAAAAACACCUGGCCUCUUGUCCAUGCCAGGCCCUGUGCUUCUUGGGCAGGCAGGCUGUAACACGACUCUUAAAAGGUCCUAUAAAAAAAAAAAAAAAAAAA